AUGAAAAUCAAGAAGCUCAUGCCAAUGGAUGCAGAGUCACGUGUUUAUGAUGCAUUGCAGAAAAAGUACCUGAAGACACUUCUGUUCUGUGUGUGUGAAGCUAUUGAAGGUCCAAUGAUUGAGGAAUAUGCUUUUUCCUUCAGUUAUUCGCAUUCUGAUAGUCAAGAAGUCUCAAUGAAUGUCAGUCGCACUGGAAAUGAGAAAGGUGGAACAUUCAAGUGUAACUCCACCACAGAAAUUACUCCCAAUCAGAUGAGGAGUUCUGCUUGUAAAAUGGUCCGUACACUGAUUCAAUUGAUGAGAACUCUUGACAAGAUGCCAGAAGAGCGAACUAUAUUGAUGAAACUCCUCUACUAUGAUGAUAUUACGCCAGCUGAUUAUGAGCCUCCGUUCUUCAGAACAUGUACAGAAGAAGAAGCUCAUCAUCCAUGGAUGAAAAACCCUUUGAAAAUGGAGGUUGGCAACGUAAACAGCAAGCAUUUUGUGUUAGCUCUCAAGGUUAAGAGUGUGCUUGAUCCUUGUGAGGAUGAAAAUGAUGACAACCAAGAUGAGGAUGUCAGUUUGGGAGCUGAUUCUGUCCAAAGAGAUGAGGACUCUGAGUCUGAUAGUGAGGUCAGCAAUUCAGAUGAUGACCAAUACAUAGUCGCACCAGUAGACAAGCAUCAGGCUAAUGAAAAUGGGACAAUGGUUGAUGACGAUGAUACUCAGGAUCCAGCAGAAGAUGAACAACAACUAGGCCGUGUAAAGGUCUGGAUCAGCUCUCACCAGCUUGACACAGUUGAAGUCACCGAAGUUCUCUCAAAUUUCCCCGACAUCUCAUUGGUCUUGAUUGAAGAAAUUAUGGACAAGCUUGUUAGGGAAGGUAUUCUAUCUAAAACUGGAACGGACAACUACACCAUUAACAAGCAAAAGAAUUCCAACUAUGAAUUCGAUGCUAUAAAAGAGGAAAUGGAUGGCCAAGUAGUCCCAGUUGGCAACAGAAUUCAGCAGAGGAUGGGUGUAGAUCACAUGUACAUGGAGGCUUUGUAUCAUGCUCUGCCUAUGAACUACAUAAGUGUUGCGAAGCUUCAGAGCAAGCUUGAAGGAAAAGCUAACCAGACUACUGUGCGGAAGCUAAUUGAUAAGAUGACCCAAGAUGGUUAUGUUGAAGCCAAAAGCAACCGUAGACUAGGCAAGCGCGUGAUCCACUCAGAUCUAACUGAGAAAAAGCUGAUUGAAGUUAAGAAAGCUUUUAAUCUAGAUGCCAUGGAUCUGGAUAUGAAUGAAUCAGUAAACAAGUCCAAUCGUCCAGAAUUUCAGGCAUCAGGAAGCAACCACAGAGACAUGUCCACUUUUGGUGGUGUCCACUCCAUUGGAUCAGAUCUCACUCGCACAAGAGGCAGAUCUGAUACCUAUCAAAAUGGUUCUAUUAGGAGCGAGCAGACUGUCUCUAAGACAAGGGAGCACGGAAACACUCCCAUGAGCAGGGCUGAGCCAGUGACUUCAAGAGAGAGUUUUGCACUGGGGAUUGAGAAUGGCAGAGCUAAUGGAAAUGCAAACCAAUGUGAUGAGUUGAUCUGUAGCAGGUCCACCCAAGACAAACGGUCCAGGAAAGCAAGCACGGUUAGGGAGCCUAUCCUUCAGUAUAUAAAGCGCCAGAAAUCUCAAGCUCCAUGAAAGGUUCUGGUGUGUGAUGCCUAUGAUGGCUUUUGCUUAGUCAUUUCUUGAAUUCCCCUGCCACAACUAGUUUAAUAUGAAGUUA